GCAGGCACUUCCGGCUGGUGGCAGGCGCGCUGGUGGCGCUCAUGGUGAGCUCCUGGGCGACGACGGCCUUCGUGUCGGUGCAGUCCGGGUACCGGGCGAGGAUAGAAGAGCCCUUCGACAAGUUCGACGAGCUGUACGACAAGCCGUGGACACGGCUCGGGCCCUACCUCGUCGGCAUGAUCACCGGCUGGCUGCUGUUCAAGACCAAGGGCAGGAUACGCAUGCCCAUUAGCGUGGUGCUGCUGGGCUGGGCGCUGUCGCUGCUGUGCCUCGUCUCGCUCGUGUACGGCCUGCUGCACCAGAAGCUGGGCGUGGCCACGUCCGCCGCCUACGUGUCGCUGGGCCACACCGCCUGGGGGCUGGCCCUCGGCUGGAUCGUGGUCGCCUGCUACACGGGCCACGGCGGCUACAUCAACCAGCUGCUGUCCUUCCGCGCGCUGCAGCCGCUCAGCCGCCUCACGUACUGCGCCUACCUGCUGCACCCCAUGAUCCAGGUGCUCACCUCCUACCAGAUGGACGGGCCGCUCCACCUGCACAACGCGCUCGUGCUGACGCUGUACUUCGGCAACAUGGUGGCGUCCUUCUUGCUGGCCUUCCUCGUGUCGCUGGCCUUCGAGGCGCCCAUCGUCCGGCUGCUCAAGAUCGUCAUCUCGCCGAGGAGCAAAAAUGGAGACUGAGCGUCCACCGACUGAUAGUGCUUAAUAAGUUCAAAUGUAAAGUUACCAUCAAAUUCAAAGAGUUAGUGUAUCAAUUUUUCAUUUUUAUUUUUUUUGACCAAAAGGUGAAGCCAUGACAUUUUGAAGGUUUGGUGAUGAAUCAGCACGCACUUUGUGCACAUAGAGCUUUAGUGAACAAGUGUUAAUAGUUAGGGGAGUAUUUUUAGAGAAAUAUCGCCAAAAGUUGACACCUGAUUUGCUCAUACAAGUGUUGUGGGGAGACUGACUGUACAAUGUUCGGAAAAGUUAUGAUCUUUAAAUAAUUUGUUAAGUUAUGUACUGAUGGCAGUAAGUCAACGAGUACAUUUAUGAAUAGUAGAAGUUUCAGUAAGGAGAAACUCUGUUUGUUUUCUAAAAACUCUUUAAAAAUCUCACCAGCUUGAAAAAGUUUGGGUGUAAAAAUAAACAUAAUAUUAAUUUAAAGAAGAUCUUAUAAUCAAUUAUCAGGCACAGAAGAUUUGAGAUACCAGUGAUGGUAAAAGGAUAUUUGUUGCUCUGUACCCUCAAGAAUGUUAUUGUUUAGACAUACUCAUUUGUGUAAAAUGGGGGUAGCCUAGUCCAAAGCAGAUUUCAAAUUAGGGCACAAAGAGAAGCUGAUUGAUUUCUACAAGAUUCUUAAAGCCAAGCCUGAUCUUGCUCCAUACACAAAAUUACUGUAAGUGUAAUUUUGUAAUUUAUUAUUUUAUAUAUUUUAAAUUAUGUAAAAAGAGUCUGCUCACUUGUUUAGUUAUAACAAAUGUAUUGGCUGGAAUAAGCCUCACUGCCAACAUGCCAGGAUCUUGUGCUCUGUAUUGUGAUAUACUUAUUUUUAAAUAUAAUUUUAGCUAUGACCA